AUGUCGAGCCAGAAUAUAUCGGAGGAUGAUAAAGACGUCAUAGAGAACAAUCCCGACGUUGAAAAGAAUUUGGCACAGACAUCGUACCCGGAACUCAAACAAGUCAGCAGCAAUGCCCUGAGCAGGAUCACCUCACGUCUCAGCACUCGAGAUAUCGUCGAUCCUGGACCACCUCCAGAUGGAGGCCUCAAAGCAUGGAUCCAAGUCGCCAUGGCGUGGAUUGUCUGCUUUUGUACCUGGGGUUACAUCAAUUCAUUUGGUGUCUUUCAAACCUAUUACACCGAGACCUUGGGCGAAUCGCAGUCGACCAUCUCCUGGGUGGGUUCCAUUCAAUUGUGGGUGGUCUUCUUCGUGAGCGCCUUCUCCGGUCGGGCGCUGGAUGCCGGGUUCUUCGUUCCGAGCUUGCUCAUCGGUUCAAUCGUCCAAAUCAUCGGAAUCUUCAUGACGAGUCUAUGCAAGAACUUCUGGCAGCUUUUGCUUGCUCAGGGCCUCUGUACCGGUCUGGGCAGUGGAAUAUUCUUCUGCCCCACCAUGGGACUUGUGACGACGUAUUUCAGGAAGAACCGCGGACUCGCUGUUGCCAUUGUGUCGGCUGGGAACUCGGCAGGCGGUGCCAUAUAUCCGGUGCUUGUGCGCCAGCUCCUCCCAAAGAUUGGAUAUGCAUGGACUGUCCGCGUGCUCGGUUUCGUGAACCUGGGAUUGCUUUCGUUGGCACUGGCAUGCAUGCGGCCGAGACUGCCUCCGCGGAAAUCUGGGCCGAUCGUCGAAUGGAGGGCAUUCUGUGAAGUGCCGUAUGUCUGUGUCCUCCUGGGCAUGUCGCUCGUCUUUGGAGGAUUAUUCUUCUCCUACUAUUACAUCGCUUCCUUUGGCCGGACAGUCCUGAAUAUGAGCUAUGAAGACUCACUCACUUUGCUCAUCAUCUUCAAUGGGGCCGCGAUACCUGUCCGACUUGUCACGGGGUUCAUUGCGGAUCGUUUCAUGGGUCCGUUGAACGCGAUGGUUCCACUCCUUUUCAUCAACGGGGUUUUUGCAUUUAGCUGGAUCGCAGUGAAGUCGGAAGCAGGCAUUGACGAGUUUGAACAACGAUUUGAGCAAGAAUGGUGGUUUCAAUGUCAACCAACCAUUUCCCACUAUUGGGGCCAGUACUCGCCCUACUUUACUGUACCCUCCGAUAUCUCGACAGACGUUCCUGAUAGCUGCAAAGUCACAUUCGUUCAGAUCUUGUCCCGCCAUGGAGCUCGAGAUCCGACAGCAUCAAAGACCAAGACCUACAAUAACACCAUCAAACAGGUGCAUGCCAAUGUGAAAACCUUCACAGGGCCGUAUGAGUUUCUCGCCAAUUAUUCGUACACUCUCGGCGCGGACCAGUUGACGACUUUCGGUCAGGAGCAGAUGGUCAAUUCGGGUACCAAAUUCUAUCAUCGAUAUCGCUUGCUUGCAAUGUCCCUCGAACCCUUCAUCCGUUCCUCGGGCGAGAAUCGGGUGGUAGAGUCGGCCCUCAAUUGGACACAGGGCUUCCACGCCUCGAAACUGGCCGACAAAUCUGCGGAUGUCGACUCUGGCUAUCCAUAUCCGGUGAUCCUGCAGUAUGAAGGUGAUGGAUUCAACAACACGCUGAACCAUGCUCUUUGCACUGAGUUUGAGAACGGCACAGCCGGCGAUAUUGGCAACGACGCUCAGGAGGCCUGGGCGAAGAUCUUCAUCCCUCCCAUCCAAGCACGCCUCAACGCCGGUCUGCCCGGCGCUAAUCUCAGCAUGGACCAAACAGUGGACAUGAUGGACCUUUGCCCGUUCAACACCGUUGCCAACGAUGACGGCAUCAUUUCGCCAUUCUGCGCCCUCUUUACCGAAGCCGAAUGGCACAGUUACGGCUACUAUCAGACACUGGGCAAAUACUAUGGCUAUUCUUAUGGCAAUCCUCUGGGGCCUACACAAGGGGUGGGCUUCGUCAACGAGCUCAUUGCGCGGCUGACCAACACCUCUGUUCAAGACCACACAUCUACGAACCAUACUCUGGACGAUGAUCCCGCCACGUUCCCUUUGGGCCGGAAGCUGUAUGCGGAUUUCAGCCACGAUAACGAUAUGACAGCCAUCUUUUCGGCACUAGGACUUUAUAACAACACGCUACCAUUGCCCAACACGACGGUCGUGGAGGCUAGUGCAGCGGGUGGUUACAGUGCCGCUUGGACCGUUCCGUUUGCUGCUAGAGCUGGAGGCGGCACCUCUGGCUGUGUGAUUGCGGGAAGACUCGCCGAAGCGCUCUCCCAGAGAUCGGAUGUCUCUGUCCUGGUGGUCGAGGCUGGGCCGGACUCGACGGGUCACCCGCUCAUCACCAUGGUGGGCGGCCUCUUCCAAGCCAUGGGCGGCGAGCUGGACUGGGGCCUGGAGACCGUGCCGCAGGAACACCUCGACAACCGCGUGCUGCAGCUCAACCGCGGCAAGUUCCUGGGCGGGAGCAGCGGGUUCAACGGGACGCUGUGCAUCCGCGGGUGCAAGACCGACUACGACGACUGGGGCCUCGAGGGCUGGACUGGCGACGACAUGUUCCGGUACAUGAAACGCGCAGAGACGUUCCACGGCAAAGACUGGUUCAAGGCGGCAGAGGCGUAUCACGGCACGGAUGGUCCCUUGCAUGUUGAACCGCACGAUCUGGCGCCCAUCUCCAAUCACGUCCUAGAGUCCUUGCAGGAUAAAGGCUUGCCGCUGGUAGAUGACUUGUUCACCACGGGCCAGGCAGCACAUGCCUGUGGCCAUGUUCCCCGGACGGUGCAUGGCGGCGUGAGAACGUUCGGCACUGACUACCUGAAAGGUCACGAAGGUCGAGUGGAUAUCGUGGUCGAUACCGUAGUCGACAAAGUCAUCCUUGAGCACGUCCAAGGGGAUGUUGUGGCGACGGGCGUCGAGGUUGUCGAUAACUCUGGGAACAGGAGGGUGUUGAAAGCUGGUCAGCAAGUCAUAUUGUCUGCAGGUGCGUACUGCUCGCCGACUAUUCUGCUUCGAUCUGGCAUCGGCCCAAAAGAUGAGCUCACACAGCUCGGCGUCGAUUGUAUAGUCGAUUCUCCGGGCGUCGUGUUUGUCCCCUACGAAGUCACGCAGCCGGACCUCACCAACGACCGAUUCAUCCACCACGCCAACGGUUUCGCAAAUUCCCUGGCAACCUACCAGAGCUCUCAAUCUGGCUUCUUUUCCACAUUUCCCUUUGGCAUCUUUGCGCUGGCGCGACUCGACGACGGGUUGAACUCGUCGUCUUUGUGGCGCGAGAGAUCCGCCGCGACGUCUGGGUCGACACGAGAUGCUGCUGACCUCACACCCGAGCAGGCUCACGUCGAAUACAUGCACACUGAGUUGUAUUCAGGCCACGUUCACGGAUAUCCCAUUCCCUUGGAGGGGAAGUACGGCUUCGAGAUGAUGACACUGCUGUUUAGCCAACAGAGCCGCGGCACAGUCACCCUGCGCUCCACGAGCCCGCAUGACAAGCCAAUCAUCGACCCUCGCUACCUAUCCGAUCCUCUCGAUCUGCUCAUGUUGGCCGAAGGCGUGCGCUUUGCACACUCGAUCGUGACAACCGGAUCUGGCACCAAGAACAUCAUCGCCCCGGGCGUGUGGAUGGCUGGUCCGAAGUACGCGGCCUUGGGGCCCGAAACUACCAGGGAAGACUGGGAGCCGUAUGUGCGUCAGUACAGCGCCACGGCGCACCACCCGGCGGGCACGUGUCGCAUGGGGAAGGAUGGCGAUACGAUGGCUGUAGUGGACGAGAAGCUGCGUGUCAGGGGCGUCAAGGGUUUGAUGGUUGCCGACUGCAGCAUCAUGCCGAGUCUGAACGGUGGACACACGCAGAUGCCAGCGUAUGCCAUUGGGGAGAAGGCUGCAGAGUUGCUUCUCUGUGUGAAAGAAGGUGGUGCUGCUUGGGCCGGCUUUGGUGCACGUAGUCUCAAUGAACCGCAGGAAGUUCAAGCAUCUCUUGCUACUCUUAUUGCCAUCUCUUCCAGCGCCAACCCAAGUAUAACUAAGUUGGCGUGCCUCAGUAACGUGUGCCUUGGACAUUGUAAUGGACAGCUUCGGCGUCAGAAACUCGUGCGAAUUGCUCCGCAAGUCAGUCUCAAGCGUGAUCUCGGAACAAUUGACCAGUUGAACGACGCUCUGACCGCUCGCAAUCAGAUCAUCAAGCAGCUUUUGCCGGCAGUGGACUUUGACAGCCUGCCGGGCCUUUCUCGAGAGAGUGUUAUCCGAUUGAUCAGUAAUGAGGUUGAUACCCAGACACCUUCGCCAGCUGCUGAUGGUGCUGUCGCCAAUGAGGUUCCAGAAGCUUUGCAAUCCCUCAACGAUAUCGCUGCAGAUGAGGAAUGGAAUGAGGCUCAGGACGAGGAAGGUCCGGAGCCACCAGUUGGCGACGCUGUCAACGGCAUCAUCAUCCACCAACACCCGGGCUCAUAUCCGCGCGUUUCCUCGACUGGUGCUUUUCUGCAUGUGUUCUUCAGCGUCUGCCCCUCUGCAAAACAAUCGUUCUUGGAUCUUGGACAGUCGGCAUUUCAGAAACCAAAGCAACUCGUCGUUCGGAGUUCGAGCAAAGAGCCCCCACGGGCUGCGCAUCAUGUCGCCCCUGUAUCCUCCACACUUCCAUCCUUGUCGUCUGCACAACAGAUGGCCAUCGACGCGUAUUUCGAGCAGAUCCACGCCCUGAUCCCAAUGGUGGACGAGAGUCGCUUUCGGGAUGAGUUCUCGAGCCAGGAACGCACAGAUGACGGAUGGAAGGCGCUCUCAAACAUGGUCCUUGCAUUAGGUUCCAUUGCGGCGGGGGACGAUCAAUCACACUUCGCUUACCACGAACGAGCGCGGAAUCUCCUUGGUUACAACAUAUUUACCUCGGGAAAUCUGGAAAUGCUACAGGCGCUGGUUCUCUUGAGCGCGCUGUACUUGUACUACAUCAACUCGCCAAACACCGCAUUCUUAGUCAUGGGAACCGCAUUCCGGAUGGCUAUUGCCAUUGGCUUACAUCGUGAGCCAGCAAAGACGACAAAACUCGGCCAGACGCCUGAGGAAGAAGCUUUGGCACUGGCUCGAGCCGAAGUCAGACGAAGAACUUGGUGGUGUAUGAUCGCUGGAAACGCCUGGCAAGGAUUGUUGUUGCACCGUCCCAGGGUUGGAAGAUGGGAUCCGCUCACAAUGGACACCGCUUGGCCUUCUACGAAGCUCUCUUCAACCUCUGCGCGGCUAGAGAGCGUUGCACGGCAGAGACACAACGAGUCCGAGGACAGAGACUGGCAUGGCAUAGCUCUCCGCGUGACUGCCGAGUUUUGCAUCAUCGCUCAAAGGAUAGGAGAUCGAAUGGCCCAGUUGUCAUACAUUACACCUCGGGAGAUUUUUGCCUUCAGCGACGAACUCGAAAUUUGGAGUAAAUCCCAUCACUUUCGGUUCUUGUCGGAGAAUUCGUGUCCAAAACGAUUCUGGCUGAGUCGAGAGACCAUGAUGUAUCGAUUUUUGGGGGUACGCGUCCUGUUGUCUCGACCACAUCUGCUGCGGUUGGCAGACGACGCCAUGGCGCAUAAUGCAUUCACAGACGAGGACUGGAAGGUUGUAUCACUCUGCCAGAAUUCGGCGAGUGAAGUUAUCGACCUGAUCUGCUCGGGCCUUCAUCACGAUAGGGUUUCGGUCUGGCACUCGACCUUUGCACUUUUCCAAGCUUGUCUGAUUCCCCUGAUUUCUAUUGCUGUGGCAAAGAAAUUGAGUCUAUUUGGCGAAGCCGCAGUCAAUGGUUGGAAACAGAGUCUGGACGGUGCUAUUCGUGCAUUCAAAGAUAUGGCUCCUCAUACGAGGCCAGCGGACAGAUAUGGCAGCAUUGUCGAGGCAUUGCGAGAUGGCGUGAUAUCUUGGAAUAACGAAGAUUCUCAGUACGCAGCUGACAUCGACCAAUAUGCAGAUUUUCUGGCCAAUGCAAGAUCGGAGACCGCAAUGGACUUGAUGAAUUUUGACGGACAGGACGUCACCGCGCCGGGUCCAUUCCUGGAGUGGUUUGAUUAUGAUCUUUCGUUUGGAGAUCAACAGCUAAACUGGUACCCUCUUCCUGAUCCUUGA